GCUCCCGCGACUUCUGGAGAGAUGAUGAAAUUGUGGUGGACCGCGACGGCAUACCCCAUUACACCGGGGCGGCUCCACAACUGAUGCGGGAGUACAGGCGACGAGUUCUUUUCGCCUACUCCAAUUUGGAGGGCAGUGGAGACGAUGAAGAGAAGGAGCGCAAGAGCUUGGCAAAGAAGAAGAAGAAGAAGUUCGGGCGGAAGCUUUUGGAUGCGCUGCACGGCGAGGCCUUCCGGGCCUGCCAGGACCUUAUGCUGGAGACCGAGAAGCUUCAGGCCUUCGACCAGUACUUCGACAAGUGCUUCCGCAAGACGGGGCAGUCCAUCGACAGCUACCUUCGCCAAAGGAAGCAAGACUGGAGCGAUUUGCAAGACGUCGCACAGGGAGUGACUAUGAGCGAGGAGCUGCAAACCUACUUCCUGUUGAAGAACAUCGGCCUGAGCCGGGAGGAUAAGCGGCAAAUUUUACUUGCCAACGAAAGCUCCUACACGAUGGAGGGCGUCGAGAAAGCUCUCCGUGCCAGCUUCUUCGACGUGCACGAGCGUGCGAGAAGAGAGUGGCAGGGCAGCAGCAAGCAGCCAAAGGGCAGCACCAAGGGCUGUGGCCGGCGUAACUAUGCCCACCUCGCCGACGCCGAGCCCGAGCACGAGGAUCUCUUUGAGGAGCCCGACGCGAGCGGCUAUGACGAGGGCGGCCCGGAGGACUAUGCCAACGCCGUCGUCGACGAGGGUGCCGAGGCGGAGGGCGAGAUCUCAGAUGCCAGGGCCUGCGGUGACGAGGAAGUUUUCGAAGCCUAUGCCAGCUACAAGGAGAGCCGGCAGAAGCUCAAGGACCUGCAGCGCUCUCGUGGCUUUCUUCGCCCGCGCGAUGGCGGGAGCAACAUGAGUGAGGAUAAGAAGCAGGCCAUCGCCCCAGAGAAGGCCAGGACACGUUGUUCGGUGUGCGGCCGUUUGGGUCACUGGGCAGCGGACAGCGCCUGCCAGAAAGGAGGAGGAAGCAAGAAGGGUGCCAAGAAGGGCCGUGGGUUUGAUCACGGCGCUGGCGGCCCAGGCAAGACGAAGGGCCCUGGGAAGGCCUAUGCCGUCUGCCAGGAGCCCCGCUCCAAGGACGACCCCGAGCAGCAGGAGAUGGAGCAGGAGGUGUGCCCACCUCCAACGGUGCCCAAGGACAAGAUCGAGAUCAAGGUACAGACAGCCGGGACCAAGGCGGAGGUUCUGGAGAGGCUGUCGCGACUUUACCGCGGAGACAAGUUCGCCGAGGAGACCGGGGCCGAGGGACGAGGCCACGGCAGCGAUAAGGCGAUACAGUUGAUCCGUUGGAUUUGGCGGGAACAAGAGCGAGCCGGAAGAUACUAUUUGAUUGAGGGGCCGGUCGGUGCGGAAGCCUGGUUCAGCAAUGCUGAAAUUCUGCUGAACAGGUUGGCUAAGCGAAGCUGGGCAAGGAGAUUUGCCAAGGACUACACGAUGAGGCUUGACUAUGCCGUGGCUAUGUCCUACCAGGAGGGCGCCUUCUGGAUGGAUGCCGCCUGCCCCGUGGAUAUGGAGGUGGAAGAAGACGAGGGCGACGAGGACUUUGAGGAGCCCUGGGAAGACGAAUGCAUGAUCCGGGUUCACCGGGCCCAGAGGCGCAAGCUCUUCGUGCCCGAUUCCUCGACAGCCCCGCCUUGCCGUUUUGCAGUUGCUCGAGGGGACCUUAGACUAUAUCCAGCCAGCAGGAGGGCACAGAGGGCUGGAACUAAAUCAAUACCGAUGCUCGAGGGUGCCAAUGCCGAGGUGAUCCUUAUCCUAGGAAGUCGUUGUUUUACUUGGUGGGGGCGCGGCUUUGACGACCGACUGGAAGAGUGGUACACUAUGUCACCGUUGGCCCAGAUAAGACCCAUCACUGCCAAGGACCGGAAGCUCUACGUGGCGGUGUUCGGCAAGGAGGUCGGCGAGGUCGAGGGCGAGAUCGAGCUGACGGGCUGCAGCAGAAGGAGCUGGCCCGAGACCGGCAGUGGCAAGCCCUACCUCGAGAACUGCGUGUCGGCAUUUUCCGUUGCCCAGAUUGCCCGGAUCAUCACGGACCGGGGCAAGUACUUUCUUUCCACCGUGGCGGAGGACCUUGCGGGCCACGGGUGUCACGUGGAGCCGCCGGCGCGAGCGCAGCUGCGGAGGCCCAAGAACGCGAGGCCAAGAGGCUUCGGGGAGCACUCUGCCAACUACGUGGCUGCCUACCACGCGAUCGGCGUCAGCAAGGGCGACCUGCUCUUUGGCUUCAAGCGGAACUGCUUUACCAAGACGAAGGAGAUGUUCACGGCCAAGGGCGGCUCAGACGAGAAGGACUGGCGCAGCAAGCUCGACUUGAUCAUCCCAACUCGUUGGGUGAGAACAAAUAAGAACGACGGCAUCUACGGUGCCCCCUUCUUGGCCAAGUCGAGGCUCGUGGUGCAAGGGUUCAAGGACAAGGCCCUGGGCCUUUACAGGAGGGACGCUCCAACGGCGAGCGCCACAGCAGAAAGCAUCUGCCUCGCAAUCUGUGCUCACAAGCGCUUCCUCCUGUUCGCAAAGGACAUCAAGAAUGCCUACUUCUCGGGCAAGAACGUGCGGCGCGAGAUUUAUCUUGAGCAACCACGUGGGGGACUUCCCGGUUUGCAGCCACGUCAGCUUUUAAGAGCCAAGAGAGCUAUAUAUGGUUUUGCUGAGGCGGCUCGGUUGUUUUGGCUGGCUUUGCGGGACCACCUUCUUUCCGACGGCUGGGAGGAGAGCAAGCUUGAGCCUGCUUUGUUCUACCUUCGGAGACAAGGUGCCUUACUGAUGGGCAUACUUGUUACCCACGUGGACGAUAUCGAGGGCGGAGUGCACCCAAAGAUGUUGGAGGCCGCCUUCGAGAAGCCCAGCCGGGCCCUGGGGUUCGCCACCAACCACGUGAAGGAUUUCAUCUUCCGGGGCAGGGAGGUGAAACAGACCAGCGAGGGGCACAUAGACGUCAGCAUGUGCAACUAUGCCCUGAGCAUGAAGUGUUUGCAAGUGGCGUCAGCGAGGCGCAAGCAACUUGAAGACGAACUCGAGCCCGAAGAGCUGGAGAAGCUGCAGAGUGCAGCCGGUGAGCUAGGCUGGCUCACGAGGCAGCUUCGCUGCGACCUGGCCUACGAGAACGGCGUGAUCCAGAAGUGCAAGACCGAUGCGGUUGUGGCCGACCUGGUGAGGCUACAGAAGUACAUGGGUCAAGCGCGGCGCGGCGCAGACUUCAGGCAGAGGUACUGGAAGUGGACACGCCAACGGCGCACCAGACCACAACGAAGUUCUUCGUUACAGCUCCGUGAGCGGACAUUUAUUCUGGUGGCCAAUGCGGAGAUAUCGGAUGGAAAAGAGGCCAGAGCCAACAUCAUUGGCUACCACUCCUCCCAAACGAAGAGAGUUUGCAGGAGCACCCUGGCUGCUGAGGCGAGCCACCUGGCAGAGGCAGUGGAAGCUGGUGACUGGGCAAUUGUUUUGCUCGAAGAAGCCCUUACAGGGCAACUGGACCUGAAGAAUUGGGACAAACUUAUUGAGAAGAGGUCCCGGGCUUACGUCACGAACGCAAAGUCGGUCUUCGACUACCUGGCCAAGGACUCCACGAGUACCAGCAGCGACAAGCGCAUGGCGAUCGAGGGCGCAUUGCUCCGGGAGACGGUCAGGAAAGACAACGCCCACGUCAAGUGGAUAGACGGGCAGCAGAACAUUGCCAAUGUCUUGACGAAGAAGGCCAAUGCCGAGAAGGACACCCUGAAGGAGUUCCUAAGGACAGGGCUUAUGAGCCUAGUGCAGACCGAGGCCAACCAGUGGCUCAAGGAGCGAAAGCGAGAAGAGCGGCAACGGCGGAAAGCCUAG